AUGGCCAACUCCCCAGGGCCCCAAUCGCCUGGCGGCGGGACCCCAUGGUUUCUGCGCGGACGAUCAAAUAGUCCCAGCACAGUAACAGGCACAGGCACAGGGACAGGACCAGUUACAAAGCGCGACAAGCGUCGUUCUGCUUUACAAGAUCGUUUGCAGGACUUGACUACUACGUUUAGCCAGAACCGCGACGCACAGUUUCGGCAACAGUUGCAUUCGCUGCAGUGCGAUAUGACACUUAUCAAUAAUGCUGAUCCGUAUGUGGAUGGUCCGUUGCCUGAUUCUGCGGAGGCGAUUGCGGAACUUAUUGAGAAGACUGUUGGUGGUGGGACGUUUGCAAAGGAGAUGGCCUCUCUUUCGGGGACUUGGUAUGCCAAGUUUGUACAGGAGGUUAAUCGCGUUAAAGAGGCUUGUGAUGCUGAGUUGGCUCAGGUUAUGGGUCGUCACCAGAAUAGCCUCGAGAGACACGAGCGCGAAUACGAUUUUCGAAGCCAAUUUGCUAAAGAGGAGUUUCGUCAAUUGGGUGGAACUCUUCGCGAGCGUCUUACACAGACUAUCUCCGGGAAACGAUCGCGUUUGGUGCGCGAGAAAGAACAACUCGAUAUCGCGGAUAAUAGCGCUCUCCUCCUCCAUCCGAACCAAUUUACUAUUACGAACCCCGCAAGCCCCGGCGGCAUCCACAGCAACCGCAAAACCCGCCAUACUCGUCACCGCGUGGAUAUAGAUGAAUUGGGCAACGGAAUUGCUUCCGAGUUGAACAAGCGCAAGCGCAAGGCACCAGAAGAGGAAGCUGGUUCUCCUGUGCGGGACACAGGUGGUGCGACACCAGCAGAGCGUACAAAGGCCACCCUUGCGCAGCAGACAGCUCCUACAUACUCUAUCCACUCUCUAUUUACCGAGAAGGAACUUGCCGGCCACGCGAACCAAGCACACGUCGCUGCUUUGCACUUCUUCUCUACAUCUCGUCGUCACGAUCAGGGUUCCGGCGCCGUAACCAAUGGAAACAAUACCGAUGCCGAAGAUACACCCGACGGACAUGACGACAAUGGUACCCCCAGCGCCGCGGAUAUGGUUCGAAAUGCAAGCCACAAUCUCCACGUUACACGAUCAACUCGCACCACAGCUGCACACAGUGCUCUUAGUGCCCUGGCCGAACUAGCUGAGAAGCCUGCUACCCGUCCGGGAUUACCAUAUUAUGCUCUAUCGAAUUAUCAUCCCCGUCCUAAUGGCCAUGCUCCACCAUUGACAUCACUUCUUAAUGAUGAGGUUGAUGAGGAUCUUGCUCGACUAGACCGUCUGGUCAAUAAGCCAUCUCACUGGCUUGAUUCUUCUCUCGUUGAACUUGUUUCUGCGCCUAUUCCUUCUGAACCUGUUGAUGGUCAUCCCCCGAAUCCAGACCGCUUCACCUCCCUUCAUCCGGACUUCCCGCCUAUAAUGGGUAUGCAGGCUACAGCUACAAAGACAUGGCCUGGUCCCGAGAUGUUUCAGUCUACUGGUAUGGAGCGCGAGCGCAGCAGCAAACGUACCCGGAACCACUGA